AUGGAUGUAACUGUUGCGGAGUAUAUCCGGAGAACGGUACUAAAAAUCCCACGAAGUGAAAUCAAGACAAUGCUACAGAAAUGGGGCUUUCUCUCCGAGACGCAGCUGCAAACCGUAAACUUCCAUCAGAUAAAGGAGAACAUUUCUCAAGACGUUGUUCAACUCUGUGAGGAAAAUUCUGCAGACAUAAAGCAAGCAGCUGUCCUAGACAUAAUUUACAACCACAUCUACCCAAACAAAAGAGUGUGGAGUGUUUACCAGAUGAACAAAACAGGGGAAGAAACAGAAUUUUUUGACUUAGCAGAUUUCAAAAAAAUAUUUAAAAGACAACUUCGGUCAGCCUUGAAAAAUGUCACCAUCAACUUCAGAGAAUAUGAGGAUAAUGCAAUCUGGAUUAGAAUUGCCUGGGGAACACCAUAUAAAAAACCAAACCAAUACAAAACCAGUUAUGUUGUAUACCAUUCACAGACUCCCUACGUCUUCAUUUCUGCCUCAGUGCUUAAGAGCAAUUUGCCUCUGCUAUGUCAGGCUCUGGUUGUUGCUUCCAAUUACCAUGACAUCCAUGAGAUGGAGCUUCGAGGUCAUUCUUUAAACUCCCUUAAAGAUAUUGUGUUCAAGAGAUAUAGCCAGAACUUCCAAACUUAUGGUCCAAGAUCUCCACAAGAAAGCAGUGUAGCACCUGAAAGUGUAGAUCUAAGGAUAGUUCAAGAAAACACAAAUGAGAAAGAAAGAAUACAGAGAGUGAAUCAGGAAGUUUUUGGUGAUGGUCCCCAACCAAAACUGGAAUUUGCACAAUAUAAGCUUGAGACGAUGUUUAAAAGUGAUCCUAAAAUGGAUGUUUUGGAUAAAAAAGAACCAUUCAGAUGUGUGGUCAAGUUUUCUAGUCCACAUCUCUUAGAAUCACUGAAAUCCUUGGCACCAGCGGGUAUGGCUGAUGCACCACUUUCACCACUACUUACAUGUAUACCACAAAAAGCUAGGAAUUACUUUAAAAUUAGAGAGAAAAAAGGUUUCUUUCCAGGAAGUUUUGUAAGCCCUUAA